AGGAUAUGAACCGCGUUACCGACCGUUUGAACGACAGGUGUGACGUCACUCAUAGGCCGCCCCGCGAUGCGUGUCGGGAAUCAUCACGGAUCUGCCAUCUUGAAUGGUAUGGAUAGGCCACACAGUGCGUGUUGAAGAAGAGAUGCAAAUUUCACCACGAAUGAAACGUUGGUAUUGUGUUGUGACGGUACUCGCGUGAAGCUUCACGAUAUCUUAAGUACGCGAGUACUUUCCUUCAGCCGCAAUGGACGCGGUGAAGGCAUUCAAUGCGGAGCUUUCAGCUCUUUAUGAUGUUAAACCACCUAUCUCGAAAGCCAAGAUGAAUUCACUUACACGGGGAGCUAUCAAAGCAAUAAAAUUCUAUAAACAUGUUGUACAAAGCGUGGAAAAAUUCAUUCAGAAAUGCAAGCCUGAAUACAAAGUACCAGGAUUGUAUGUUAUUGACUCAAUUGUUAGACAAUCCAGACAUCAGUUUGGAAUGGAGAAAGAUGUAUUUGCUCCAAGGUUUGCAAAGAAUAUGCAAAAUACCUUUCUCAAUCUUUUAAAAUGUCCACAGGAAGAUAAAAGCAAAGUUAUACGUGUACUGAAUUUAUGGCAAAAGAAUGCAGUUUUUCCACCAGAAGUUAUUCAACCACUUUUUGAUCUAGCAGAUCCAAACCACCCAAUACAUAAAGAACAGCCAGUAAAUAGCAAUGGUACAUUAAAUACGUCAGCUGGAAAUAAUAUAAGUAAUGUAAGUGCAGUUUCUAAGACACCUCCGUCUGCAAUUAAAAAUGCUGUGAAGGAUCCAAAACUAUUUCCUCCUGGAAAAACGAUUGAUCCUGUAUGGCUUGCACAAACAAAAAUGGAAGCAGCCAAUUUAGUUAACGCAAAUAAACUCUUGGGUCAGUCUAACCCCAGCCAGGUGGAUGCCUCUUUUAUCGAUCAGUUGCAACAUUUGCAAGAAUUAAUCAUGAAGAAGCAAGAGGCUAACGAACCAAAGAGUUCUGUCAAGUUUGAUAAGAAACUGUUAGACUUCGACUAUGGUGAGGAAGAAGAUGACGAUGUCGUUGUGACGAAUUCCCCAAACGCGGCCACUUCGACGAACACUCAACAUAAUGCAGUAUCGACGAAUAACAGUUUAGAAAGUCUAGGAUUGUUACUUGCAAAUCCCGAGGUUCUCAGACAACUGCAGACCAUACAACAAAGUAUGCAAAGCAACGUAACGGCUUCCUCCUCUCAACACGAGAUGGAGGAGAAGAAGCGUAAACUUCAACAAAUGAAGCAACAAGAAGAAGAGUUCGAUAAGCAUUUAGCACAAACUGUUUCUACCCUUCCAUUUGCAUCUGAGUGCGAGUUAAAACCUUCUGACAUUCUGAAACCAAAUGCGCAAAAUUAUACACCAAAUGUGAAUAGUAAUGUGAUACAAGACAUGAGCCAGCCACCACCUGGUUAUCCGCCAGCUCUGCCAUAUACUUCACAAUCGUUAUCGAGUAUUAGGCAGAUCAAUCAGUCUACGCAUCAAAAUCAAAAAAGUCCUUUGCUGGACGAACGUCAAGAAACACAAGAUUACUCUGGAAAUGGUGCCAGACGUGAUAGUAGCAGUGUAGAAAUUGUUAAUUGCGAGAACACGAGUUCGCAAAGUAGAUCGCCUGAACGAUACCGACAUCACAGUCGAUCUAGAUCCCCACGACACCGAGACAGAGAUAGAGAUCGUGAUAGAGAUAGAAAAUCUCGCUCUAGGAGCAGAUCGCGACGAAGAAGAUCUCGCUCAAGAGACCGAGGUCGUGAUAGGAAACGUGACGAUAGUCGGGAGAAAAUGACGGAAGAAGAACGAGAGAAAGAGAGAGAACGACGCAAACGUGGUUUACCACCAAUAGUUCGAGAUAAAUUAAGUGUUUGCAGUACCACACUUUGGGUGGGACAUUUAUCGAAACUCGUGCAUCAGGAAGAAUUGUCUGACACAUUCGGAGAAUUUGGCGAUAUUGUUAGCAUUGAUUUAAUUCCGCCGAGAGGUUGUGCUUUCAUAUGUAUGAAUAGAAGACAAGAUGCAUACCGAGCACUUACAAAAUUGAAAAACCAUAAAAUGCAAGGGAAAGCUAUUACAUUAGCGUGGGCACCUGGCAAAGGCGUUAAAGGCAAGGAAUGGAAGGAUUACUGGGAAGUAGAGCUAGGCGUCAGUUAUAUUCCCUGGAAUAAAUUAACCAACAUUACCGAUCAAGAACUAGAAUUAUUAGAGGAAGGUGGCAUGAUAGACGAAGAUACAUUACCACCCAGUUUAAAAGGAAAACUGAAGCAUGCUGGUGGUACAAGUGCGGAUAUACAGCAACUGCAACAAUUGCAAUUGCAGCAACAAGCGAUGGUUGCUGCUGCGAAUGCCGGUGCUCCUAUCCCUACCUUAACGGAUGGUAUCGUGAACGUCAUGCAAUCGUCGGCCAAUUCGCAGCAGCAGCAGCAACAACAGCAGCAGCAGCAGCAGCAAUUGAUCGAUACCAGUCAACCACCGCCAAUCAGACCGCCCACCUCGGCUGCAUUGUUGCCUCCUCCAAAUACGCAGUUACAAAUGAUGCCACCGGCAUUUACAAUGCCCGGAGUACCACGAGUAAUUAGCCACAUGGGCAUACAGAUGACGCAUGGAUUAAUGUCGAAUGUCCCGAUCGGAGUUCCACCACCUAACAUGCAAAGUCUAUUGGGGCCACCUAGUAUGAUGCAGACGAUGCUGACACCCCCGGUAAAUCCGCCAUUUGGUGCAGGUGUCGGUGUAGGUUUAUUAACACAGAUUCCACUACCUGCACCUGCUGCACCUUCAGAUAAGCCGAACUCCACUGGUAUGCCGCACAAUGUUCCACCAAUUGGCGUGCCACCGCCCACGACAGAGACGAGUAUGCCGAACUUGCCGAUGUUGCGGCAGCCAUAUGGGGUGGGUCCAGUGCCGCCAAUGCAGAUGCAACUACCUCAGCAGCAACAUCACUCAGACGACAUGGACGUUGAGAUGGAAGACGCGAUGCCGCAAAGUCUGAGCAGCAACGUGCCUAAGGACAAGCCGAAUCUUAGCGAUCAGCUUAUCGCUGAGAUCCGCUUGGAAAACGAUCAGGCUCGCGAAUACAAAGACCAACGAGACCAACGUGAUAGGGAGAAUAGGGAGAGAAGAGAUCGGAACGAGCGAGAUCGUGGCGAUCGUAUGGAUAUGAGCGAGUGCCGAAUGGAUCGUAGCAGGGACAGGGGGAGAGGACGCGAUCGCGGUCGAGAUCGACGAAGAGACAAUCGUGAUAGUCGUGGUGACCGAGAAAGAGACGAGAGACGCGGAGAUAGAGAAAAUCGAGAAGCCCCCAGGGACAACAGAGAGACUAAUGCUCCAAGACAUUCGGAGGCGCUUGGUGCACAAAAUCAAAGUAUUCCGGAAGGCGGUGAAGGUCUGGCGAAGAAAGAAGGGAAGCCUAGUUUAGCCGAUCGACUACGACAGUUGGCGGAUGGCACGUUGCCAUUGGAUGACCGUAUGGAUAGGAAUAUUCGUGGCAAUCGUACUGAACGUAAUAAUGACCGAAACGACAGGACUUUCGAAGAGAGUCCUGGUGGUGCAGCAGCUGCAGGAGCAGGAGGAGGAGGAGGAGGUGGAGGACGACGACCUAGCGACAUGCCGAUCGCGCUGAUGGAUCUUCCCAAGUUCAAUGCGGUACUCCCAGAUCGGACGGACUUUCCGCGUGGCCCGGGUGCUUUCGGAGGUGCACUUCAGGAGCCGCGAGAUUUCCAACAGCGGGGCGGUCUCACCGAUCGCGACCGUCAGAAUUUCCCAUCCCGCGGCGGCGGGCUCAGGAACUCUCAAAUGGACGAUUUUAUUGAUCCCAGGAUGCAACCCGGUAUGUUCCCGGAAGAUUUCGAAGGUGGCAGGCUAGUAGGCCACAACGGACCACGUGCCGAUGAACCUUUCCCGCCUAGACUCGGUCCAGCCAGAGAAGAAUUUGACCGUGCGGAAGUGCGCGGUCGUCGUCCGCCCGUGGACGAGUACGAGCGCGAACGUUACGAGUACGACAUGAGACGCGACAACUUCGAUCCGCGGAUACAGGACGGCUACGAUCCCAGAGGUCACAACGAGCGCUCUGACUUUGACCCACGCAGGCGAGAGUUCUUCGGUCCGAUAGAACCUGUAUUCGGAAUGCCAAUGAUGGGUCCGAAGGGGCCGAGAGUACCAGUUGGUCCUGAUGGGUUCGGACCACGUGGAGCUAGAGGGCCUGGUCCAUUAAUGUUUCAUCCACGUGGUAUGGGUCCUAGAGGUAUGAGGCCUGGAAUGAGACCGCCGUUUGCACCACGAGGUCCGCCGUUCGAUCCUAGAGAAGCAGACUCCUUCUUCCGACCACCAUUCGACGAUAUGCGUGGCCGUCCAGGUCCGCAUCUGCGACCACCAUUCGGUCCAAUGGGUCCACCAGCCAUGCAUGGUCCCGACGGGCCAUGGAGAAAUCAAGAAGGUGGAGGGCCAUCCACGUCAUGGUCUGGGCAGGAAGGUGGACCCGACGCAAUUCACGGACAGCGGGAGAAUCAUUUACCAAGGGACAAGCAGAAGCUGCUUACGAAGCAGCACCAAGAUUACAAAAACAUAUCCGAGCGUGAAAAUCGCAAUCGGAACCGCAAAUCCAGAUGGGGAAACGUUAGUCCGCCGCUGACAGACGCGGACGUGGAUGAAAUAUUGCCGUCGGAGGAAGCUGAGAGCAAAAUGAAGGAAACUUCAGACCAUGGCGAGGAGCUCGGGACGAAAGACAAUUUUGAUCACGAAGCUCCGUCCAUAGCUACUGUCGAUCAACCAAGUCAUCCGAUGCAGAUGCAAGAGGACGAGUCGGCGAUGACUCAGGAGCAAGAUAUGGUGAUGCAAAGUGACAGAGAGAAUGAGCUAACUAACGUACAGAUCGGCGAGCAAGACAGUGAAGCUGCCGGUGGUCAUAGCUAUGGGAAUGACUGCGUUCAGGAGGCCAAUCUUUAUGAAAUUGGCGCGGAUCGCUUCUCCAGCGACGAUUUGGCCUUAAAGCAGCAGGAUGAAGAGAGACAAUGUGAAUAUGGAACACUCAUUCCAGCUGAGGAUUCAGCGCAGCUAAGUGCGGUGCAGAUCGAACAAAUAGGGCACGACAGUGAAAAUCAUAGUGAGCAAACAAUGGAACAGCAGGCGGAUUCAUUAUAAGGGAAAGAAGAGUAAAAAAAAA